GCCAUGCACACUAAUGUGGCAUGUGGCCAAAUGAGAAUUCUCCUUUCGUUUCUAUUGCUCUGCAUGUUUGUGAAGAAGGUGCUCCCAGAGGAUGACACAAUCAUUACCACUAAGAAUGGAAGGGUGAGAGGUGUUAAUUUGCCCGUGCUUGGUGGAACAGUAACUACUUUCCUUGGGAUUCCUUAUGCAGCACCACCUAUUGGUCACCUUCGGUUCAAGAAGCCUCAACUUCCAGAACCAUGGAGUGGGAUCUGGGAUGCCACCAGACAUGCAAACUCUUGUUUUCAGAAUAGAGAUGAUACUUUCCCUGGAUUUGUUGGGUCGGAGAUGUGGAACCCAAACACGAACCUCAGUGAAGACUGUCUCUACCUCAAUGUGUGGGUUCCUUCCCCAAAACCUAAAAAUGCAACUGUCAUGGUAUGGAUUUAUGGAGGUGGCUUCCAGACUGGAACGUCGUCACUGUAUGUCUAUGAUGGCAAGUUUCUAGCCCGAGUGGAGAGAGUCAUUGUUGUUUCGAUGAAUUAUAGGUUAGGGGCUUUAGGAUUUUUGGCUUUGCCAGGAAAUGAAGACGCUCCAGGAAAUGUAGGGUUAUUUGAUCAACGGCUAGCACUUCAGUGGGUCCGGGAUAACAUAGCAGCUUUUGGUGGCAAUUCUAAGAGUGUUACAUUAUUUGGAGAGAGUGCUGGAGCAGGUUGUGUUGCCCACCAUAUUCUUUCUCCUCAAAGCCAUUCUCUCUUCACUAGAGCAAUCAUGCAAAGUGGGGCUGGAAACUCCCCCUGGGGUACCCUUCUUCCCACUGAAGCUAGGAGGAGAACUCUAGCGCUUGCCCAAGUCCUUCACUGCAUGAGCAACAAUGAAACAGAGAUCAUUUCUUGCCUUCAAAACAAAGAUCCCCAGGAUAUAUUUAACAAACAGGGCACCGUCUUAACAUCCAGCUCUCUUCUGGAACUGCCUUUCAUUCCAGUCGUCGAUGGUGACUUUCUCACUGAUAAACCGGUCACUUUACUGAAGAAUGGAAAAUUUAAACAAACACAGAUAUUAAUGGGCAUCAACAAAGAUGAAGGGGCGCCAUUUCUGGUGUAUGGUGCACCAGGCUUCAGUAAAGAUACUGACAGUCUUAUCAACGAAACCGAAUUUUGGGCCAGCUUGAAAUUUGCCUUUCCAGAAAUGACUGAAAUUGGGCUGGAAAGUAUUGCUUUUCACUAUACGGACGGGGAAGUUGAGCAGAAUCCUUUCUAUUAUCGUGAUGCCAUGGGUGAGAUCAUAGGGGACUACAAUUUUAUAUGCCCUGUGGUGGAAUUCAUAAAAUAUUUUGUGAAGUCCGGGAACAAUGGUUUCUUAUACUUCUUUGAGCACAGAUCUUCUAAACUGGCUUGGCCAGAGUGGAUGGGGGUUCCACAUGGUUAUGAAAUAGAGUUUGUCUUCGGACUACCUCUAGAGAGAAAAGUGAAUUAUACCAAAGCAGAGGAAGCACUGAGCAGAUCUAUUUUGAAAUACUGGGCAACUUUUGCAAAAACAGGAACACCCAGUGGGACUCAGAUUAAUGGGACAAGAUGGCCAGUCUUCACCACCACUGAACAAAAAUACUUAACAUUAAACACAGAUGCUUCAAAGAUUCGGACAAAAUUACGUGCCCAGCAGUGCCGAUUCUGGAAUAUAUUUUUUCCCAAAGUCCUGGAGAUGACAGGAAAUAUUGAUGAAGCGGAACGAGAAUGGAAAGCAGGAAUCCUUCGUUGGAACAAUUACAUGAUGGACUGGAAAAAUCAAUUUAAUGAGUACACCAGUAAGAGAGAAAGCUGCUCAGGUCUCUAAUUAGAAGUUGC